AUGGCGCCGGCUCUCACCAUCACGAUUCAGACCUUCUCCGAUACCGUCUGCCCCUGGAGUUACAUCGGCAAGAAGAACCUCGACAAUGCAAUAGAAGCAUACAAGGAGCAACAUCCGGACGUCGACUUCGAGGUGACCUGGAACCCUUUCUACCUGCACCCAGAGGCGAAGAUCUCCGCCUACAAAAAGAAGGACUACUACGCCGCCAGGUUCGGGCCCUCGAGGACAGCGGCGCUCCGCGAGCGGGUGGAAAAGGAGGCCGCGGCGCUGGGGCUGUCCAUCAACUGGGACGGGCUGUGCGGCAACACGCGCGACUCACACGUCCUCCUCCUCCUCGCCCAGGAGCUCCAGCAGCAGCAGCAGCGGCUACAGCAACAAGACCACCGAGAGCAGCAAGAGGGAGGCGACAACAAAGACAGCCUCCUGCGGGAAACCCAGGACGCCCUCUUCCACGGGUCGUUCCACCGCGGGCGCGACGUCAGCGACCGGGCCUUCCUGGCCGAGGUGGCGCUCGAGGUCGGGCUGUACGGGAGCGAGGACGAGGUGCUGGCGCGCCUGGACGAGGAGGGGGCAAGGGCCGAGGCGGACGCGCUGGACAGGCGGGCCAAGGAGGUGGUUGGCAUCACGGCGGUGCCGAGCUAUGUCGUCCAGGGGCGGUACAGGGUGGGCGGGCAGCAGGAGUCGGAGGUGUUCCUGCGGCUGUUUGACAGGAUCAGGUUGGAGGGGAGGGAAGGGCAGUGA